GUUGCUAAGCUAUGUAGCAUAUCUUAACAACAGGGAGCCACGUAGGCUCCUUGGAGUUAAGAGUAGGAGAAACUGGAUGGAGACAGUUAUAUUCUUUUGGAAGUGUUAGAUGUUAGGCUGUAUCUGCCAAUUAAACAUUUCCAGCUUAAGUGCAAAGAUUUAAAGAAAUCAACAAAAACUCAGUCUGGACCCAUAAUGAGACUGAAAGGGUAUCAACAGACUUGAGUUCCUGUCAACCAGAUUACCUGCUUUUAAUACUGUCCUCAGGGUUUGAGCACAUUUGGAAGUGAGGUCAAUCAAGAUAGGCCCUAAGACUUUUGCGGCAACAGUGGAGAGGGGUAAAUGACCACGCCAUGAACAGGAACCUCAAAUCCCCGAGAUCUGCUCCUCAGUUUGAGAGCAAAGGCAGUUAUGCAAUGGCUAGAAAUGGAAGCUGCUUUCUAGUCAGGCAUACUCCUCAUCCCAGAAGAGUUUGCCACAUCAAAGGUUUGAAUAACAUUCCAAUCUGUACUGUAAAUGAUGAUGAGAACACAUUCAGAACAUUGUCAGGUGUUGACCAGUCUUACCAUGUAGAGGAGGAUGGAGCACCAUUUGCCAAAUGCAGUUAUCCACCCAGGACAAAAGUCCUGGAGAGCCCUGUCGGAGCAUCCUCAGCCCCAAACAGUGUCAAAGUGUCACCACAGCCUCAUUCUGAUUCCAGCCGAAAACUCAAAGAAUGUUUCAGAACUUCCAGUGAGAAUCCCUUAGUAAUUAGAAAGGAAGAAAUUAAGGCCAAAAAGCCACCAUCACCUCCAAAGACAUGCUCUACUGCUGGCUCCUAUUUUUCAGAGACGACAAAUACCAAGAAUGAUGUAAAAGCAAACACUGUUUGCAUACCAAACUAUCUGGAUCAGGAAAUAAAAAUCCUGGCAAAGCUCUGUGACAUUUUACAUACUGAUUCUCUGGCAGAGGUUCUACAAUGGCUGCUUCAUGCAAGUUCAAAAGAAAAAGAGUGGGUCUCAGCUUUGAUUCAUUCUGAGCUGGCUGAGAUAAACUUAUUGACUCACUGCCGAAGAAAUACCUCAACAGAACCAGGAACACAGACUGGGAAGCCACCUACAGUGAAAUCACCACCCACCAUUAAGGCACUGCCCACAGUUAAAACACCCCCAAAAGUGCUGACCAGAACUAGAGAAGGACAUCAGUCAACCAGAGUGUCAAGUCAAGGAUCUGAAGGAAAUAAGGAAGUGCCAAAAGAGACUGAGCACAAGUCCCCAUUGUUUCUAAGAAGAAAUAAUGUGAAAAUACCUGUUGCAGAAUAUUUCAGCAAACCAAAGUCUCCUCCCAGGCCUAACCCUCAGGAUAGUGAAUCAGCAAAACCAAUGCCAGCAAGGAAUAUAAGAGAAUACAGUCUCAGUCCCCAAGGAGUAUCUUAUCCUUUCACAUACCAAAGAUAG